CGUAUUUCUCAUCUGACUCUUCGCGCUUUCCUCUACCUUCCUCUAUAUGGCUGGCUACUUUGCUUUUCCACCUCCUGGCUCUGCAGCUGCACCGUCGACUUUUAGGCAAACGCUCGGGGAUACGGAUGUCAACGCUUUACACUCGUACGAGUCUCAGAGGCAACCCCAAGAGCGUUCUGGGUAUGCCGAGCAGAAAACUGAGACCCAGGCACAAGCGCGGGCACAGAGACAACAGUUGGAGCGCGAGCAGAUACGUUUGGGCGAGAUGGAGUGGGUUAGCGCGGGCGGUUGGCUACGCGACGCCUCUGGACGCAAGGAUAAGGCACGCACCGAGCAGGUUCGGGCGGAGGUUCGUCUGGUCGAUGAGGAGCGCAAGACUCUCGAGCGUUGGGAUGCGUACGAAGCUCGUUGGAACGCUCUCCUCUCUUCCACCACUCCAGUCACCUUCGCCGACAUGCCGUGGCCUGCCAGCCCGCCCCCAUCCUCCGCUGAAGACCUGGCCUCCGAUGUCAUUUCUGAAUUCUUCCUCGGUCCGAUGCUUGUGAGAUCAAGCACCGUCGUGAUGAAGGAUAGGAUACGCACGUCCAUUUUACGUUGGCAUCCGGACAAGCUCUCUGCCAUAGUGUCACGGACUGUGGAAGGAGAUCUAGACAGUGUCCGCGCUGGUAUCAAUACUGUGUUCCAUGUUCUCAGGUCUCUACAGGACUUAGAGCGCAGUAUGGACAUCCCUGCCUAGCUCCUGUCCCUCAACUUCAUUUGAAUGUGUCGUGUCCUGAUGCUGAUAAUUUCCUCUUGGUAGUCAAAUCUGCCUGAUUAUCGUGCAAAAUAUCCUGGUUUCUCCAAUCCGUGUUCUUUCCGUGUGGUCUGCGCUCAAGACCGAGUACGGGCGUCUAUAAUGGACCGAGCAGGACUCCGCCUCUUCGGACCUGCCUUUUCCGCCAACCUGACAGCUGUAGAUCUUGCCUCUACUUACCAACUUCAUUCCAGCAGGCGGAAACUAGCGGAAAACGACUGUUCGCAUGUCUGCUCGUAAUGUCCAUGUCGACCACAUCCACGACGACGUUCGAGCUGCUCAAGUAUUCGAGAGCAUAUAGCCACUCAGCUCAGGCUACCCAACCUGCGGAACUCGAGUGGCAACAUUUCGUCAAUCCCGUGAUCCGGCUCAUGCUAGACACGAGGAAGACAACGGAUGGACGACUCGAGUCCUACAAGAUUCGGAUCGUGUGGACCUUCAGCGCUGGACGAGACUCGAUGGACGUGGAUAGACGAGAAGUGGAUUUCGAGGACCUCGACCUCCUAAGUUACUCGUCGCUUCCUGCUCGUCAAGUUGCUCAAGGUAUGCCGUUGAAAGCCGUCUACCAGGGUGCUGUAGUGGGACUUCGGUACCAGUACCCUUGUGUACCAUGCUCUGGCACGAUACCACAGUAUCGACGCUUCCAGAUAACAUUCCAGAACGAGAGCUCAGCCACCAACUUCAUAGAUUGCAUUCGCUUUGUAUGUCCAUGCAAGGCAAACCCGGCCCCUCCGGCACGUGCCCCACGCCCUUCAGAGACUCAGCUAUCCCUAGCGGCAUCAGGACGUUCUGCUACGACGACGCAUAUACCCAUGUCUAUGUCGCGAUCAUCGGCUUCUGAUUCGCGCCAGGCUUUGUCGGUGAUGCCUGGGGAAGGAGCCGCAUCGAAGACACUCCAGCCCGCCGCUUUCGCUCUACUUCCCUCGCCGAGCUUGAGCAGACGCAUGGACUGGGAUACCCUGACUCAACCCAGCCAACCGACAGCGCCAGCACCAUCUGUAGCUACGCCUGUGUCUCGCCCGUGGUCUGCUUCAACGGCCUCCUCCGUGGUGGCCCAUCAAUCCGCAUCCGACACUAUCCCUUCGGACGUACUCACUACUGGACGAGCUGCUUCUCUGCACGGCAGCUCAAACGACGUCGAGACCUCCUUCCCUAGCUCGUCCUUACCAAGUUCCUCCCCACCGCCUUCAUCAAGACUCCCGGCCCGCACCUCUUCGCCUGUAUUGAUGCCGCCGCCGCCUGUUCCAGCGCAGAUGAAUCCGCCGCGUAGCUCGCAGCCAUCCCAGACAACGCCAACGUCGACCCCUAGAACCGCUUCCAGCGCGACUCUCGCUGCAUCUGAACCAAGCUCCUCUGGCCCUGAGCUGAAAUCGGACAUCUCGGCCACCCUGAGGGACAGCCAUGGGCUAUAUGCGCUCUCGGCAGGCGAGCUCGAGAAACUGGUCGCUGAGGUGAUACGCGAAGAAGGCUUCGCAGAACUGAUGCGUAACUUGGAUGGCAUGUGGAAAAUCAAGGGGCUUGCAGAUAUACACACGUGAUGGGUGGAAUGGCAUCGACUGCACGGGCUCCUGCUUGUCGGGCAUAUCAUAUUCUAUCAUUAGCCGUGGAGAGUAUUGAUCGAUCGAAAACAUAGGUCAACCCAGCCCGAGAGCUCGACGGAGUUCUGGGCCCUCUUCCUUGGGACUCAUACGCUAGAAACAAGUAAUGGCGUUACCCUAUAACAACUCAUGUUCAGUACAAGAAGGCCCAGGGUUUCUUCCCCUUCCACAGAAGAUCAUAUAUUUCGUGAAAGCGGAUCCCCAAUCCCGUGUGAAUUUUCAAGCCGUACGUAUGACUACGUUCGAACGUUCGAUUCCCGAUUAAUAGAAAAAUACCCGCACGCCUCGAGCCUCGACGACGACGGUCGAACUGGAGAAGUAGCGGUCACGGAGAAGUAGCGGUCACGGAGAAGUAGCGGUCACGAGGAUGAGCAACGUGAGGAACUCGUCCCCUGAGACUGG